AUGGCGAGCGAGGAUGACGCUAUCUCGGCGCUCACGGGCUUCUCCCUCGACCAUGUCCUCAGCGGACUCUCGCUACCAUCCGGCUCUGGGCUGAAUAGCCAACUCGGCAUUGCUGGAAUUUCGGGUGUCUCGUCGAGGGAAAUAUACAAAGAUGAUUGGGACGAGGAUGGGACGGUCGGCGCUGGCGAAGGGGAGGAUUGGGAGGACGAGAUUGACAGGGAGAUGCAAGAAGAGGACGAGGGAGGGGAGGAGCAGCCGGUCAAGCUCGAGAGGUUUUCACCUGGGCCCGGGCAGCUGCGUCAGCGCCGCGUGCGCAUUGUCAAGCGUCGUGUCCCGCGACCACAAACUGUAUACGAGCGCUUUCCGGGCUUCGAGAAGGACAAGAUCUUGGACUUUACGGAGCUCUUCAAGGGUCGCGCAGUACAGAAGUCCAGGGUGACGAAGAGGCCGUUAUAUGUCGAAUCCACGCACGCCAAGCGGAGAGAUGCGCCCAGAGGUUUCUUAGACGCCGUGGUCGGUGAUGCAAGAAAGCGUGCUGCGAACGACCUAGCAGAGGAGCUGCUCUCUCCAGGCACGAUUGAUAACGAUCUGAAGUUUGCUCUCGAGCAAUCUCGCGGCGAGGUGGACACUCUGGCAUUAGACGAUCGCAACUUCGACCUUGUGCUUCUGUCCAACUGGGAAGACCAUAUUAUUAUGGAGUCAGGCCAGCAUGUGGAACCUUCUGCCGACCCUGCCAGGCCCGCAGACCUCAUGACGCCCGCAAACCAGUCCCUCGAGUCUGGUGCUUGGGCUCAAAGCAUCAUAUGGAGUCCGAAUGCUCCUUUCCGCGACUUUACCCAACUGGAGUUUAACUUCGGAGAAGAGCAGCCUCAGGAAGAACGUCAAACUCAAGAGACACGUCCGAAGAAGCGCUUACGUCUCGACAACAGCCAGACGAAGGACAAAUUCAACUACUCCAACGAUCACUUCUACGAGGUCGCGAAGGAUGGUGGACGGCACCGUGUUCGCCAAACUUUCGGGCAGCUUGUCGUCGAACACUCGUAUCCCGCUCAGAAGCUUCAACUUCCAUUCUUCAAGACUCGUCUCGAGAAACAGGAAGCACGGUCAUUCCAUCGUCCAGCCCUGCAGUUUCCGGCGAACAUCGAGAUCCGCUUCAACAAGGUUCGCACGGCGAAGAAGAAGAAAGACAAAUCAGGUCGAAAGCUGGGGAAAGGCGGAAACGUCGGCGAGACGCUACACCGAACAGCAGACCUCAGUCUUCAUGAUACCAGCAACUUCGUAUUAUGGGAAUACUCCGAAGAGCAACCACCUAUAAUAUCGAACUUCGGAAUGGGGAGCGUCUUCGUCAACUACUACCGCAAGAAGCAUGCCAAGGACGAGCACAUACCGAAGUCUGAGCUUGGCCAACCCUUCGUCCUCGAACCUGAGGAUGACACGCCGUUCAUGAAGUUCGGGAACGUCGAUCCAGGUCAAACGAUACCGACUCUGUACAACAACCUUGUUCGUGCCCCGCUGUUCAAGCACAAGCCUCCUUCAACGGACUUCCUCGUUAUCAAGAAUACGGUAAAGAACGACACCCGGUAUUACAUCCGCGACAUCAAGAACAUGUUCACGGUUGGCCAGACAUACCCAGUCACCGAGGUCCCCGGCCCUCACUCUCGCAAGUACACCAACACGGUCAAGUACCGCUUGCAGGUGAUCGCGUUCAAGCUCCUGCAGAAGAGCGUGGGUGAACGCCUCAAGAUUGGCCGCCUCAUGAAGUACUUCCCUGACCAGAACGAGCUCCAAAUGCGCCAGCGCUUGAAGGAGUUCAUGGAGUAUCACCGCCGUGGCCCUCAUCAAGGCUUCUGGCGUCUUCGCGAUAACUGGUCUAUUCCUUCGGAGGUUGAGAUGCUGAAGAUGGUCACGCCUGAGCAGGUCGUGUUGGCUGAGAGCAUGCAGGUCGGCCAACGGCAACUGCAGGACGCCGGUUACAGCGGAAACGUGGACAGUAGUGGAGGCGACGACGACUCAAACUUGUCUAUUGAUCAGCAGCUUGCUCCUUGGAUCACGACGAAGAACUUCCUUUACGCCACUCAGUCGAAGGCCAUGCUGAAACUCCACGGCGAGGGUGACCCAACCGGGCGAGGCGAGGGCUUCUCGUUUAUCCGUGUCAGCAUGAAGGACAUCUUCAUCAAGGCGGACGAGGACUACGAGACGAAGCUCGCGGAAGCCGAGAAGCGUCCCAAGAGCCACCAUAAGUAUAACGUUCAGGAGCAGCAGAAGGUUUACAAGUCCGAGAUCGACCGUAUCUGGAAGGCCCAGUUCCGUGCGCUCAGUAAGCGCGAGCCUCCGCAACUGGACCGCGACGAUGAGGCCGAGGAGAAGAGGAAGAAGGCCGCCGAAGCUGCGCUCCAGGCCAAGCAAUAUGGUCGGCAGGUGACGCCCGCUGGUCCUUCAGGUAGCCGCGCCGAGUCGCUCGAGCGGGACGGUAGCCUUGGACCGGAUGGGGGACGGGUACUUCGUAUCAAGCGCUGUAUUGAAGGUGAAUGGCGAACCGAGAUUGUUCGCGAGCCUGCUGUUAUUCGUGCGUACCUCAAGCGACGGCAAAUGAUUGAGGAAGAAGAAACCAUGGCGGAUUCGCUCGCCCCCACGGGAGAUGCGGAGCGCGACAAGCGUGCACGCAAGCGACUCGAAGAGGAGAUCGCAAGGAUGAAGAAAAACCAGGAACGGCGUUUACACCGCAAGAACGCGAAGAUCGUCAAGGAAGGUGGCACACCUAUGACCCUCAGUCGACCAAUCAAACCGGAUACGACUCGCCGGUGCGGUCACUGUGGUCAGAUGGGGCACAUGAAGACGAAUCGCAAGUGCCCCCGUUGGGCCGAGUUCAACUCUGGAGCGCCACCGCCCACGCCCUCUUCCGCGACUGCUGCUGCGGCCAGUGCUACAAGCCCACCGCCAGGAGGUAUGGGUUUCGGCGGCUUUUCAACACCGGCCGUUCCGAGCCCGUUGGCGACGAGCCCGCCGCUCACGGGCAUGGGGAUGGAUUGA